AUGGCAAAUUCACAUUCAUUCACACUCCUCUUCACCUUAUUUUCCUACCUCACCGGCUUCCAUUUCUCAUCAGCUUCUUCAUCACCAGCUAUUGCUUCAGACCAACUCAGAUUCUGGUCCCAAAAUGUGCACAACAAAAUGCCCGAACCCAUCCUUAAAAAGCUCUCCCCAUUGAGCAGAAAUGACUAUGAGUAUUACAGCAACGUGCUCCCCCAAAACGGAAAGUUCUCAGCCGAUUCCCAUUUCUGCUCACUUGCUAAACUGUCGUGCACCUUUGCAACUGCAAAAUACACCCAACAAAACACGUACGGGAUUAAUUCUGCUGCUGUUGAUCAGGUCAAGAGGAGUGAAGAUCCCUUCUCCUUUUUCAGGGUCUCAACCCUCAAAACCGGGAACCUUGUUCAUCUCCCUAACCUGCAAGAAACCCUACCCGAUCGAACGUUUCUCCCCCCACAAAUCGUUUCGAGUAUACCUCUAACUUAUGAGGGUAUCACUGAAGCAUUCCCUGAAUGGGGCGUCGGCCCGACAAAAGAGACGAUACAAACUACGCUUGCUUACUGCAAUGCAGCAGCAAUAGAGGGCGAAACCAAGAGCUGCCCGAAAUCCCUGGAGGAAAUGGUGGGGUUCGCAACGGCAUCGUUGGGCGGGACGAAGUUGCUGGCCUUGACUUCCAAGAACAGCAGAGGGUCAGGCGCUGAGAUGAUUAUAGGGAAAAUGAAGCACUAUGGAGCAACGAAAAUCGUGGCCUGUCACGAGGCGUUUCUUCCCUUUGCGGCGUACGUGUGCCAUUCCCUGUCCUCGACUGGUUUGUAUGCAGUGGAAGUUGUUGAUCCGAAGGGUGGAGCGGCGGUUAAUACAUUGCUGGCGAUAUGUCAUAUGGAUACGUCUGCAUGGCCGAAGAACCAUGUGGCUUUCGAGAUACUCAAGUUUGGGCCUGGAGAAGGCGAGGCAUGCCACUGGUUCACGCAACUUGAUCUUGCAUGGAUUCCUAACGAGUCUGAGUAA